AUGGCGCUUCUGGGGAAACAACCCGUGACGGAGCGGGUAAGACACCUGGAGUACCUAGUGGAGAGGAAACUGAGCCUGGAUGCCUCAUACCGGGUACUAUGGUGGUGCACCGUCCAGCCAGAGGGCAUCUAGCCGGAGAGGGAGAACUACACUAGCCCUGGCCUGUUGGGGAAGGCCUUUGAGGAAGACGUCCACAUGGGUGGUAACCUUGUGGGGAAAACUGUAUAAAAGAAAUGCCUUUGUGCUCAUUAAAGGAGUUCUACUUCACCCUCAAUUUAGAGUCCUGUCUCUUAUUGGGGGAAACUGCUACAAGGGAAUGCUAUGCUCUUCAUACUCCCUUGAAUAAUCCCUAAGCUCUUGUAAGAGCUUGUUACUGUUCCUGUUCUGCUUCACUCUCUGGGGAAAGAGAGCUUCACACACUCGAACCUGGAGCCUUGUCAUAGGUCCAGGGUGGGUAGCAGACUGCGAGACCCCAACCAAGCUGCAGCGGUUUGUGGGGUCUGCGGUGGUUAUGGUUUCUGGUGGAGUGCUUUGAGCCUUCAAGAAGCGCUAGGAGCAUCCUUCAACGGAGGUACCCAGUCGGGGUGCCAGGUGAUCCGUUACAGAGCACAGCUGAACUCAUCCAAAUGUACCAGUUUCGGGAUUCAUUGUGGUCAACGUUCAAGCGUACUGGCUCUAUGAACGAUCACUGUGCAUAUAGACAAUGGCAAAAUAUAUGCACAAAAGAAACUAAAUUAGCUAAUGCCCAAUAUUUCUGUGAAAAUCUGAACAAUAACCUAUCAAACCCUAGAAACGUUUGUAAAGUCAUAAAUAAAUUACAAACUCCCCCAAUCCACUUCUAACCCUCCACUGUCAAAGUGGAUAACCAAACCCUACAACUUCCCUUAGAUGUAGCAAAUGCCUUUAACAAUAAUUUUGUUCGAUGCUCCACUACCUUGAUUGCCAAGCUAAUAAAUGACACUCAUCCUGAAACUACAAAUGUGGAUCAGGCCCCACUAAAUUUGCAAAGACCCAAUACAGACAAGUUCAUUUUUAGACCUGUACCUAUCAGUGUCAUUAAAAAACACCUUAAUAAUCUAAAAAUGAAAAAUCAGUCUGGACCUGAUCAAAUUCCAGCAAUGCUGUUACAGCUCAGUGCGCCGGCAAUUGCUAAACUCAUCACAACCCUAAUUAACAAAUUCUUGGUGUCUGGAUACAUACCCAAACUUUGGAAGACAGAGAGGAGUGCCUAUCCAUAAAAGUGGUGACACUACUUUGGUUUCUAACUAUCGCACAAUAUCAUUGCUCCCAGUAUUGUCAAAAAUCUUAGAAAAAGCAUCCAUACGCAACUAUGUGAGUGUGGCAAAACUAGCCACUUCCUUGUAUAAGAGACUAAGUUGGUUUGACUAUUUCUAUUCCUCGAAGAGAAUAUGGACAUAUUGUUCGUCAGUCGAACCAACUACAGAACAGGGAGACCACCCAGAGGAGUCGUGUGUCUCCAAUUGAAUAUUGUAACACCUUAAAACUGCAAGAUUCUAAAUGGUCAGAUGGGUGGCCGCCAUUUGUAUGAACGAACACAUAGCUGCGGCCAUCUUUGCACACGAACACCCAGCUGUGUUUGGUCGUCGAGUGCGUGGAACUACAGUGAGUAUUACCAAUAAUCUAACUAUCUGACCCCUGAUCAAUCAGGUUUUCGCCCAAAUCACUCCACUACAACUGCCCUCUUAAAAGUUUGCAAUGACAUCCAAACUGGCAUUGAACGAGGAUACCUAACUGGAGCUAUUUUCCUUGAUUUUGCAAAGGCCCUUGACACAGUAGACCAUGACAUUCUACUGACUCAAAACUCAAGUAUUGGUGUUUGUCCGCUAACCUGGUUUCGAUCAUAUGUAUUGGAUCGCUCACAAUAUGUGUCCAUUUCUGACAGCGACUCCCUCCCUCUCCCAGUCACAUGUGGUGUUCCCCCAAGGAUCCAUUCUCAGCCCCCUGCUAUUCACACAUUUUAUAAAUGAUCUGCCUAAUGUUUGCAAAUCCUCAAAUGUACACGUGUACCUAGUAAUCUAUGCAAGCAAAUCCAAUCUACCCCAGCUUCAGGCUGUGCUCCAAGACCAGUUCACAGAGGUAAAAACGUGGAUUGCAAAAAACAAAUUUUUCCUAAACACUGACAAAACUGUCACAAUGAUAUUUGGAACAGUACAUAAAUUACACAAAUCAUACAAUUCACACCUAUCCAUUAGAACAAAUUCAAAUAGCACACUGACCGCAGUCCACUCUUUCAAAUUGUUGUUAGACCGCAAUCUAUCUUUUGGCCUCCACAUAGAAAAACUUGCAUCUAAACUUUAUCCAAAACUAGGUGCCCUUUACAGAAACAAAUCCUGCCUACAGUAAAGGAAAAUAUUGUACAGCAAAUGCUGAUGCCAGUCAUUGAUUAUGGGGAUGUAAAAUAUGCAUCUGCAUCGCAAUCCCACAUUAAUAAACUCAACACAUUGUAUAACUCGUUCUGCCGAUUUUUGCUACAAUGUAAUUACAGGACCCACCAUUGUGACAUGCUAAAAGAACUAAACUGGUUGUUGCUGGAUUCCAGUGUCGUGGAUCAAAUCAAGUGUUUGAUUAUUUAAAUAUCUGCCCCUGUCCAAAUUAUCGCUAUUUUAUGCGUGCACGCUCCUAGAGUAAUUCACACCAGACACAAGUUUCAGGUUGAUGAAAGACUUCAGGAAUGUUUAUUUCAGGGGGCCAGCAUGCCCUUUAUAAAGCAAGAAUACAUCAUAUGCAUAAUUAUAGAUAACAGAGAAAAUACAUCAAUAAUUGGUUAGGUGUUAAGUGGUUCAUCUAAUGUACAUCCUACCGGGUGUGAUAUCACUGUCAUUAUGAAUUUCUCCUCCAGAUUCCAGCGCCAUCUUGUUACAUGAGGUGUUUAGUCAACAGGAGCAGUAACUUCUAGCGGCCAUUUUGAUUAAAUACUGAAUAAUGUUGAUUAUAGUUAUGCAGAGUAAAUAGGCAUUUUAGUAAAGCUAAUAUUAUGUCCAUAACACCAGACGCACCCUUCAUCUUUCCAGCCUUGUGUUUAAGAUCUUUUCUGGGAAGCUCCCGCCCUACCUGAGCAGAAUGCUCUCCCUGGCUUUUCCCACCUCCUAUAACCUCUGGUUCAGUACCAGCACUUUAUUUAGUCUACCACAAUACAAAAAGAAAGCGGCCCGAUCCUCCUUCUCCUAUAGAGCACCGCAAUUGUGGAACGACCUCCCGCACAAUUUAAAAUCUUCCCUAAGCCUAAAGUCCUUUAAGAGAUCCCUCUCUACAUACCUCAAAACAGAAUGCACGUGUCAUGGUUGAAUAUAUAUUUCCUACCUGUUCUAUGUUAAAUUUUGUAUAUAUUGUGUAUUAAUAUUGGGUUUGUAUUUUAUUGUACCCUAAUGUAACAAUGCAAUGUUUUGUGGACCCAGGACGUACUUGAAAACAAGGGAAAUCUCAAUGCAUCUUUCCUGGUAAAAUAUUUUAUAAAUAAAAAUUGCAGGCUGAGCUAUGAAAUCAGACAUUAUUUGGUUCUGGCAGCACAAACAAUCAACGGGUAAAUAAAAAAUAUAUAUACCUGAUAAUCCUUAUACUUGCAUAAAACAGGUCCUCUCAUACACUUACACAGGUCCCUUUCAAACACAUACACAAUUCCCUCUCAUACACGUGCACAGGUCCCUCUCAUACACUUACACAGGUCCCUUUCAAACACGUACACAAUUCCCUUUCAUACACAUACAGAGGUCCCUCUCAUACAUUUACACAGGUCCCUCUCAUACACUUACACAGGUCCCUCUCGGACACGUACACAGGUCCCUCUCAGACACUUACACAGGUCCCUCUCAUACAUUUACACAUGUCCUCUCAUACACAUAAAUGAGCACUAGGGCUUGUUUUCGGGGAAAGACGGUAUUAAUGUCUUAGGGAUUUAUCUAACCAUUAAAACCUAUGGGAUUUUUUUCCAACAGUAUUGAAUCUUUUAGAAAGCUUAUUAAAUUGAGUCAGAUUGAUAGGUUUUAGUGUUACCUCCAUGAUGCUGUUAAAGGAAUUCAUAAAUAAGAACUGUGUCCAUGAAAACAAAUCAUAAACAAAUAGAGAUAAUGAGACUUUAUAAGAAGCAAACACUAACAGACAUUAUAAACCACAAUUCACAUAGCUUGUACUUUUACUGUGCUUUUAGCAUUCAUUAAAUCAAUCCUCUGUGACUAUAGACACCAAGACACAUUUGUUAAUUGAGUGAUUGUUUAAUUCUUCUAACUGGUAAAGCCUGGAAAUUCAAGACUAUUAGAGUUCUAUGGGGACUAUACUUAGAAAUACUGGUCUAAAGUCACAGACAUGGUGUCAAAGUUUUAAGAAAAAAAUGCACUCUUUCAAAUUAUAUAAAUAUAUAUAUAUUAUAUUUUUUUUCUGGUUUAGGUUAAUGGCCUGUUGACAAAUUUACCGACCACCUUGGCAGAUGGGAAAAUAUCUAUAACUCGAAGUGGUUUGACUGCAAUAAUUGAAACUAAUUUUCACAUGGUGGUCUCUUUUGAUUAUAACUGGCAUGUUAAAGUUAUGCUCCCAAGCAGCUAUCAUAACGCAGUAUUAGGUCUCUGUGGAAAUUUCAACCAAGAUCCGAAUGAUGACCAGAUGUCAUCCAAUGGUACACAGAUGUCAUUAAUUAAUGAAUGGGCAGAGCACUGGUCGGUUUAUGACCGAGACCCCUUCUGCUGGCACUCUUGUCCUGGGAACUGUCCAACUUGUGAGGAAAGUAAGAAACGUCUAUAUUCUGGAGAAGACUCCUGUGGUAUCCUAUUUAAAAAUGAUGGACCUUUCAGAGAAUGCACAUCAGAAAUCUCUCCAAAUAACUACUUUGACAGUUGCCUCUAUGAUGCCUGCACUUAUAAUGGAGCCCAAGUCAUGGUUUGUCAAGCACUUGAGAGCUAUGCCAUCACCUGCUUGCAACAAGGAAUUAAAAUUUAUGACUGGCGAACCCCAUCUAACUGUCGUAAGUAA